CAGCCAUUCAUCCGCCUCCUGGUCCCAUAAAAGAGCCUGGCGUGGGUCCUGCGAGCGGCGAGGGCUCCGUGGGCUCCGUGGGGGGCCAUGCGGGCUCCGAGGGGCGAAGGCCGGGCUCUGGGGUGGGUCCUGGGAGCCGUGGGGCUCCUCGCCGCCCUCAGCGCCGCCGGCACCCUCUUCCUGUGGGUCCAGUGGAGGGAGAUGCAAGGGGCGCUGCGGGCGCUGCAGGAGGAGAAGCCGGCGGAGAUGCAGCUCUUCAGGGCUCCUCCAAGGAGCGAGGAGGAGGAGGAGGAGGAGGAGGGGGGCCCCGCUGGGAAGACCCCCCAAGGCCCCUGGGCAGAGCACGAGGAGGAGGAGGAGGACCCCUCCCUGGGCAGGAACAAGAGGAGCCACCGCCGGAGGGGUCUUUCCAAGGGCCACAUCCGAGCAGAGAGCGAGGAGAUGCUCAUGAUGAUGACCUACUCCAUGGUCCCGGUCCGUGUCAUGGUGGAGCUAUGCAACAGCACCAAAGGAGUGUGUUUAACAGGGCCACCAGGAUUGCCAGGUCCCCCUGGGCUUGAUGGAUUGCCCGGUUACAAUGGGUCAGAUGGCAUUCCUGGAAUCCCAGGGCAAAAGGGAGAUCCUGGAAGAAGAGGAAAAAUGGGGCCCAAAGGGGAUCCUGGAGAGACUGGCGAAAAGGGGGAUCCUGGUGAAAUUGGCCUCCCUGGGAAAGAAGGGCCGCGAGGAGAGAAAGGGUCCCGAGGGCCCAAAGGAGACAAAGGAGAGGCGAAUAAUGAAGUCAUCGCUGAAGGGCCCAAAGGAGAACCAGGACCCCCUGGCCCACCGGGACCCCCAGGACCUCCAGGCCCCCCAGGAAAGCGCAAAGCAAAACCCCAAGUGGAAGAGAAGAUGUUCAGUGCUGAGUGCAAAGGGGAGACCUGUGCUAUCCCGAACGAUGAUACUCUGGUGGGGAAACCCAAAGAAAGGGCACACCUUUACCAGCACAGGAAGCCAGAGUGUAUCAUCAAAUCCAUUGGGAGCCCCAAUGAGGUUAUACAGUUGAAACAAAGCUACGGAGCGUGGAUGAUGGAUCUUGCAAACAGAAGCGACGAGACAAUUUGGAUCGCUGAGCAUUUUACAGGUCAUAUAAUAAAAGAAUACCAAGACCUUGAGGCAUUGCGCAACAACAGCUACAACGUCACUGAGCUCCCCUGGUCGUAUUAUGGAUGUGGUCAUGCUGUCUAUGACAACGCUCUGUACUAUCAACGCGUGGGACGUAACAUCAUUGUGAAAUAUGACUUGGCAACAGGAUUGGCCAAAACACUCUCCAUCGAGAACGCCUGGUACUAUGAGCGCAUGUACCUUUUUAACACGUCCAAGUCCUACUUCAGCAUCGCUGCCGAUGAAAACGGGCUCUGGGUGAUGUAUCUAUCGAGGCCCGAUGAGCAUAUUGUGGUCGCGCACGUCGACCCGGAAGCAUUUUCAGUGCUGCAGCACAUCAAUACAACUUACCCACAGUCCAAAGCGGGGAGUGCCUUCGUCGCCUGCGGAGUGUUGUACAUCACCGAUAAGAACCAGAUCCACGUGGCGUUUGCCUUUGACCUCUUGCGAGAGAAGCAGCUGGACACAAGCUUUGAGUUGAAACUGUCCCUCUCUGAUGCGAGUUUUGCACUCAAAGUUUCCGCGCUCAAGAAGAACGACACAACGUUUACGCCUGUACUAGCAAUGCUCUCCUACAAUCAGGUCGACAAGCAACUCUACACUUGGGAGCAUGGCUUCCUAAUGCAGUACCCCAUCCAUUUUAUCCGCUGAACUCAUUUUGAGAUGAAGAUUUCUCUAUCAAGAUGAUUAUUUCUGGCCUUCAUAAAAACAGCAGUCUUUUUGAGAAAAUGGGUACAUCAAUCAAUGUUUGUUUUCUCCUGUAUUUGAUUUUAAAAACCCUUUCAUUCUGAAAAUCUGCUUUGUGGAUUUGGGUGAAUUCUUAAAAUGUGAACCAAAACAAAAUUCUUCCCCGAUUGCACUUGCCAGACGUCAUUUUUAGGCGGAGAGAAACUAUUGUGCCUAUUUGAUGCAAAUGUAUUAAAAGAAGAGGUCACUUCACAUAAAAAGAGGUGGCAAAACUCACUAAAAAUUGAUGUGGUUCAAUGAGACAGGGAUGGAAAUGCAACCUUUUCAAAGUCCAAAGUCCUGAGCUGAGAAGAAUAAAUCUGUCAAUCUCACAUAUGCUAUACCCGACAAAAUGAAAAGGAGCAAUAGCUCCCUGAAACAGGGUACAAAAAUACCUGGGACCCCUGUAGACUUGGGACUUUAUUUGGACUUUACUUUCGAAGACUUUUUUGAGAGCGGUGCUCUAUCAUUAUUUUCUUCAUUCCAGUAUACAGCAACAUGACCAACCAUCUGUUUAAAUUGUUUGGAAGAUAUUUUCAUUGACUAUGUAUCCCUGAAGCCUAUAUACAUUGGAACCAAUACCAGACUUGAAUAACUUUUGUGUUAGAGCUGUUGCUCCUUUUCAUUUUGUCGGGUACGGCCAAAUUGAGCUUUGUACGGGGAACUUUAAUAAUAUAUGUUAUUUGGACACAUUUUCUUUGUACAUAGACUAUCGUAUGUUUGUAUAGAUACUUUACAAGUAUUCUGGGAUUUUGUAUAGUAAUCUCACAUAUGCAUCAUUUUUUUUAAAAAAAAUCUAAAUUUUCAGAGAUAUUAUCAUCUCAGAGGAAUUCCAGACAUGAAUCAAUCAGACACGAGGAAGCCAGGCCAUCCUGGACCUUCCACAAAUAUAUAAACUUCCCUUUCUUAAUUUUCUAAUAUAUAAUAUUAAUUUUCCACAUGAUAUGGAGGUGCAGCAGGUCCUUGUCUGUGUUUGCGAGUUCGUUGCAGAUGGUGUGAAUUCUCUCACGUAAGAGGUUGCAUUCCAGGUGGUCAUAAAUACGGUGAGCCUGUGGUGUUUUGAAAGUCCUUUUGGCUACGGGAAAUUGUGGGAUACGAUCUGUGUCUCUGACCAAAGCCAUUCCGUGGGUUUCCAUGGCUGAGCAGGGACCUGAACAAGACUCAGAGUCCAACAACCAGUGCAAGAAAGCCACUGCAACACACUGGCUCUCUAUAAAUAGUAUAUUUCUAUUGAAGCAGAGGCGAAAAGUGUGCCUUUGUGUGCACAUCUUGCAUAAACACAUAUGACACAAGUUACAAUUCUUUGCAUAGUUUACAUGUAGGCUGCUUUUGGCUUUAUAGAAGAGAGGAUGCUUAAUACUGUGUGCCAGCAUAGCCUAAAAAGGCUUUUGUGGUGUUUUUUUUUUGUACAACCAAAUGUGUUGUAUGUAAUGCUGUGCUGCUACAAUGCUACUUUUCAUAAACAUUUUCUAAGGACAAUGGACAGUCCAACCCCCUUCAAAAAGCCCACACGUUUCCCAUCCAGGCUCUAAAUGAGACUCUAUGGGAUGCAUAAAAUGUGCAAGGAACCUAUACAUGGAAUGACAACUCCAGAAAGAAAGGGUUGCAACAUAAUAAGCUUGGGGCAAAGCCUCCUGUUACUACUUUGAAAGCUAGAGACUCUAGGGUGUUCCGUGAAAUAAAAGGAAUUUAUUUAAGUUACAAAGGUAAAACCAACAAAUGACAUUUGCUUUCUCCUCAUAUACAUACUUCACAGCUUGCAAUUAAAAAUUGCCUUUAGACAAAGGUGCAGUUUUUAUCUCAGCAUUUCGUCCCCGUCCCCCCCUUUUACAAUACAACACAGACAUCAAGGUUCCCGUUGAAGGAGGAAAAAAAAAUACAAUUUUGUUUAACAUUUAAAUACACAGACAUCUGCUCCAUUAUCUUAGUGAGAGCCUGUCUUCCUGUUUACAACAGAGAAAAAAUACAUCUAAAGAUGACGGACGAUAGCUGGUAUAUUACAAGCAAACAAUACUGACCUCUGCAUAGUUUAUACAAUAUGCUGCGAAAACAGUUUAGAUUACCAGUUUUGUCAACUAUUUACUAGCUGGCCACAUGUAAGCCUGACAUUCAUCUGAAAUGUGGCAAUUGUAUGGGUCUACCAGUAGCUUCUUCUAUAGCUUUAGUGACUGCAGUGCAUUUUAAAAAAUUUCUCUCUCAAAAUAAAAUAGGAAUUUAAAAGUCCUCAAAGGAUGGCUAAAAAUAGGGUUGCGUUGAUUACAAAUGGCAGAUUCUUAAUUCAAAAGAAGGAGUCAAAAAAAAGGGAGGAUUUAAAUUGUGGAAUUGAUGUUACGAAAGACAUGGAGCGACUCGUGAAAAUGGAAGUCCUUCUGAUUGGAUUCCUUCUUUCCUUCCAUAAUGUCUCAUACAACUUACUUAUCCCAAUGUCAUUAAAUGCCUUGAUUCCUAGCCCUCCCCAGUCAACGGUACAAAGAAAGAGAUGAAGAAAUGCAAGGAAAGGAUUAAGGUAUAUAUUAUCGAAAGGGGAAGGAAUAGAACACUAGGCUUUCAUUUUCAAUGGCGGCCCCAUGCAUUUCACAAUGUCUGUGUUUGUUGCCCAAAGAGAUUUUU